CCCAACAUUCUACAGCAUCCAUCACUACACACAUAUCUCCUUUUCCAAACCAACCAACUAAAAAAAGAAAGAAAAGAAGAAGAUCUCUAAGUCAGUGAUCAAUAUGGCCGGAGUGAUGAAGUUGGCAUGCUUGUUCUUGGCCUGCAUGAUCGUGGCUGGUCCAAUCACUGCUGACGCUGCUCUGAGUUGCGGCGCCGUUACCAGCAACUUGGCACCGUGCAUUGGAUACGUGAUGCAAGGUGGUGUCAUUCCCGCAGGAUGCUGCACCGGCGUUAGAAACCUUAACAACAUGGCCCGUACCACCCCAGACCGUCAGCAAGCUUGCACUUGCCUUCAAAAUACCGCUAGAAGCCUAGGGGCUGGUCUCAAUGCUGGCCGUGCAGCUGGAAUCCCUAAGGCAUGUGGAGUCAACAUUCCUUACAAGAUCAGCACCAGCACCAACUGCAAGACCGUGAGGUGAUGAGCGACGGUCAGAUAAAGCUACAAGCGGACGUUUCGAAUAUUAUAUAAUGGGAUGAGAUAAUUAAUACUAAAUAAGAUGUUCGAAUGGCUGUUUCUAGAGUUUUUAAUUUCCUGUCUUUUUCUUCUAUCGUGAUGUUCCCCUAUUAUGUACUCGGUCUGUGUACUAUGUUCGCAAACAACUUUAUAUGAAUUUCAGACUUGAAGUUUACGUUGCUC